AAAAAAAAGUAAAGAGAAGAAAAAAACUCAUGCAUCGGAAUGAUUAAAACGACAAUGUGCUCCAUGAACCCUGGUGCGUUUUAGAGCAGCUGAAGUUGAUCGGGACUUUACUGGCAGUGAAACAGGGACAUUAAAGUGGAAGGAGAAGUGUUUAGAAACUAUUCAGCUCACUCUAACUGAUGGAAGGAGAGAGGAGGAAAAAGAGGAAAUCUUUUCGCUUAACCAGAAUAAGCGCUAUGGACUGGCGAGGCAACAUUUAACGCUACUUGUUUUGUUGUUGUUUUUUGGGUGAGAUGACGGAAUAAUAAACAAACUACUGGCGUGUUUGUAGCAUGAUAGUGAGCGCGACAUGUCUAACGCGAGGCCGAGUAAAAGCGUAGAAUGGCUGCAGCUGGUGUUGGAGAGCGGAGCCUCCUCUCUGCUCCUGCUGGACUGCCGCUCUCACGAGCUCUAUGAAUCCUCCCACAUAGAGAGCGCCAUAAACCUGGCCAUGACCGGCCUCAUGCUGCGGAGGUUCAGGAAGGGCAACAUCCCGAUCCAGACCGUCAUCCCCAAACACGAGGACAAGGAGAAGUUCUUGAGGCGGUGCAAGACGGACACGGUGCUCCUGUAUGAUGAGAGCUGCGCGGACUGGCAGGACGGAGGCUCCCCGGCCACCACGCUCUCCCUGCUGCUCAACAAACUGCGAGAAGACGGCUGUAAAGCCUAUUAUCUAGAAGGUGGUUUUGUGAAGUUCCACACAGAGUACCCAGAGCACUGCGAGACUCUUCUGGACAGCUCCUGUCCUAGCUCCUCCCCCACUAUACCCGUCUUGGGCUUUGGGGGUCUCAGGAUUAGCUCGGACUGUUCAGACGGUGAAUCUGAUCGAGAGCCCAGCAGUGCAACAGAAUCAGAGGAGAGCCCCGUUCCCAGCAAUCAGCCAGAUUUUCCCGUCCAAAUCCUUCCUUACCUCUACCUGGGCUGCGCCAAAGACUCCAGUAACCUAGACGUGCUGGGCCAGUACAACAUCACGUACAUCCUGAACGUCACACCCAAUCUGCCCAAUGUGUUUGAGCACAAGAGCCACUUCAGAUACAAGAAGAUCCCGAUUUCAGACCAUUGGAGUCAGAACCUGUCCCAGUUCUUUCCAGAAGCCAUAUCAUUUAUUGAUGAGGCACGAUCAAAGCGAUGUGGGAUCCUGGUCCAUUGCCUGGCAGGCAUCAGCCGCUCAGUCACAGUCACUGUGGCCUACCUUAUGCAGAGGCUGAACCUCUCUCUAAAUGACGCGUACGACUUUGUAAAGAGGAAGAAGUCCAACAUCUCACCAAAUUUCAACUUCAUGGGUCAGCUCUUAGACUUUGAGAGGACGCUGGGGCGGCACACGCCCUGCGAUAACCGCUCUACCAGCGAGGAGCAGCUUUUCUUCACCACGCCAACCAAUCACAAUGUCUUUCAGCUGGAGACGACAUGAGGAGUGAUUUUUUUUUUUUUUUUUUUUAGUUGUUGUUUCCUUUGGUGGCUUCAUCUGAGCUCAUCAGAUGCCUGAAUUGCUGACGCAGGCAGUUAAGUCAGUGACAGUAUUCAACUUCACAUCGAGCUGCAUUGAUCUGUUUAACAGAGUCUAUGUACAAGGAAAUACAAAAGCUACUGUUCUGAUGCCUUAUUAUAUAACAAUAGAACCAAUCUAACUAUCCUCCAUACUGUAUUAUUGAAUGGCCAUGUACAGUCAUAAUAGAUGGACUUUUUUAUAAUUUUUUGAAGUCUUUGAUUCCUUUUGGACUGUUUGUUGUACUUUAUGGUUCAGUUAUGCAUAGACAAGAGCUGGUAUGAAAAGUCAUAUAACAUCAAGUAAAAGUUCCACGAAAUUAACUUAAAAGUAUAUAAUGUUACCCAAAUUAUUCCUUUUACGACUUAAAUAUUGGAUACUCUAAAAAAAUGGAAAUGUUUAAGAUCCAUAAGGCUGUGUUCAGUUCCCAAAAUGAUAAAAGUCUUGGAGGGACCAAUAGUUGUUCUGGUAUUUAAUCCAAACUGACCAAAGUACAGUUUAAAACCCUGAUCUAACAGCAAUAAAAUGCCCCAAAAUGAGUUAAAUAGACCUUUUUUAGUUUUAAAAUUAAAGUAUUCUUUAAACAAAAACUCAAAAAAGUGUGCUCCAAAAAAGGGCUUCAAAAUAAUAAGAAAUGUGAUGUGACCAAAGAGAGACAGCUUUUAAUUAUAAAAAAAAAAUAUGAUACAAUAAAAAAAAAAAGAUGUUACUUAAUUAAGGAGUAAAAAAAGGCAAUAGAAUAAGGAAUGAGAAAACUUGAUUUAAGAUGUAAGAAUCACUAAGUACCGUAGUUAUGGGUACUUAUACAAAAUAUGUUUUUGCUUUAACACUGGUAUUCAAAGCUAAACUGUUAAUUUGUUGGGCUAACUGUUUCAAUAGAUCUUAUCUUCCAUACACUUAUAGCAGGCCAAAAACAACAGUUUUGGCUCGGUAGUAGUUUUCAUAACUGUAUCUUCACCAUGGUCACAAGGAAGCUUUUGCAACACCUAUAUUUUUAAAUAGACAAAUUGCUUUUUUUAUGCAAGUUUGGAACCUUCUUCCUGCCAGCCAAUCCCACUGUAAAAACAGGGUAGUUGCAACUUAGACAGAUCUUGCUUCUAAUAAACUGUUGUAACAGUGUGAUUAAAAAAAAAAUAAAACAGAAGUAGUCUGAUACCAGCCCAUGCCUACAUAGGAUUAAUGCAUACAGCAAAUCUGUAGCCAAUCUGAAUGUUUUCUGGGGUCCAAUAUGUGACUUCAUUCAAGCUGAGGGAAAUAAGCUUCCAUAUUCAGGUAGCACUACUCCACAGUUUUCCUACUGAAGAUUAAGUUUUCACACAGAAUUUAGCAAACAAUAUUUUAUGUUCAAAUUAUGGCAAUGCUGUACAUAUAUAAAUUUAAACUGUUUAAAUAUUUACCAUCCAGAAGCCAUGCAAAAGUUCCAAGAUCCUGUUCAUCCUGUUUUGUAAUCUUUACAGUAUGUUUGCCAAUUUGUGCUGAGGCCUUGGCCAUUCUUUAAUAUAAAACUGAAGUGUUGGUUAUUAUAUUGAGGUAUAAUUUUAAAGACUGGCUUUUCCCAUGUUUAUAAGGAGCAGCUAUGAAAGUAAUGAGGGUACCAACAACUGGAAACCCACCUUAUUUUGGGGUUUCCCCCGGACACUUUACAUCCUGCAGCUACUGCGUACCGGAGUGUGUAAAUAGCCUCUUUCUUUCUCUCAUUGUACCUGUUUGUAUUAGAACAGGUUAAUGAAUUUAAUGCCUGAAAGAAAAAGAAAAGAAGCAAGGAUGACUGGAGCGUUCUUACCUCAACAAAGACAUUUUUCAGGGAUUUUUUUAUACAAGUCGGUUGCACGUCAUCUUGGCCUCUUAAAACACACCCAAGGGCUGUUUUGUUCCGUAUGUUUGUAACAAUGCACAUAAAACAGUCAUUACUGGGGACAUUUCUGUAAAUCAUGAAGGAUGUCAAAGUGACCCCGUUGGAACCCAUAUGUAUAGCAUAUAUGAAGCUAAAAGGCAUUCUGUACAAGUUUUUACAUCAAAUAUAUUGUAUAUUUUUACUUGAAAA